CCUAUCAAAGUCCACCACUUAGUGCAUAAGUCUUAAAACAAGAUUUAUUAAAUAAAUAAACCAUGACUGCAUUAGAAUAGUCAACACCAUAUGGUCAUGGAUUACGCAUGAUUUGUAGAAACCAUUUUGUAACCGCAACAAAAACACAGCACCUAGUUUCUUAGGCACCCGAUUUCAGCAUGGUCCUUAACUUUUUUGACCAACAUGGCUGCCAAACUAUCAGGAAUGACUCCCCAUUAGCAUCAAGGGCCAACUUCAUCCUCAAUCAAAUCUCACUAUAAAACCUUUAUCAACCAUUUUCUCACUCCCAUCACAAUUCACAAUACCUUAACACAGUUCAAAAUAUGAGCACUUUGGAUACAAAAGGUUUCACGGAAGAGCAAGAGGCUCUUGUUGUCAAGUCAUGGAAUGCAAUGAAGAAGAAUUCUGCAGAACUAGCUCUCAAGUUUUUCUUAAAAAUAUUUGAGAUUGCUCCAUCAGCUCAAAAACUGUUCUCAUUCUUGAAAGAUUCAAAUGUUCCUUUGGAGAAAAACACCAAGCUCAAGCCUCAUGCCAUGUCUGUCUUUCUCAUGACAUGUGAAUCAGCAGUUCAACUAAGAAAAGCUGGUAAAGUCACAGUGAGAGAAUCUAGCUUGAAAAAAAUAGGUGCUACACAUUUUAAAUAUGGUGUAGUAAAUGAGCAUUUUGAGGUGACAAAGUUUGCACUAUUGGAGACAAUAAAAGAAGCAGUACCUGAAAUGUGGUCACCAGCUAUGAAGAAUGCAUGGGGAGAAGCUUAUGAUCAGUUGGUUAAUGCAAUCAAAUCAGAGAUGAAAGCUUCUUCUUAAAAUCAUUUCUUCCUAAAUUGAAUAAGAUUGAUAUAAAGACACUUUGGUCUCUAUUAUUAAAUGAAGUUUGAGUUUUUGUGUUGUAUUUUUCUUUUGUAUGAUUAUAAUAAUUUAGCUAUUGGGAUUAUCAGGUAAAGUGUUUGUAUUUUACAUUUUGUAAAUAAAAAUAAUAUUUUUAUUUAGUAGACUGUUUAUCAAA